UGCUUUUUUGCGUGUAAAAACAUUUCCAAUUUUGAAUUUUAAACAAGAAUUGUAUUUUGAAUGUUUUCAAGAAGACACUAUCGUUUUGCACAUUCGCAAGAAAAAUGGGGGAUGAUGGUAUAGAAGGAUUUAACUAUAUUAUAAAGCGUCCAACAUUUGCACCAAUAUGUUUUGGAUCAAAGUUAAAUCGAGAUUCACUGCCGCUUGCUGGUCCUGGUUUGUCAUCGUUUAUGGCAAGAUCAGUUUUAGAACAAUUUCCAACAUUGGCGCCCAACACUUACGACGUCAAAGGACAAGAUUCUUUAGAUGAUGUUUUGAAUAAGAAAAGUAGCACAAAGGGAUCAAUUGGACAAGAACCACGUUUUCGGGAGACAUAUACAAAUAUUGCACCAACUAGCACCAAAUACAAUAUGCGUGUAUUUCCAAAAAAAACGAAAAGGAAUAAAAUUUCAUUCAAGCAAUCAGCUAAGAGAUUUCCACCUGUGCUAUACAAAGAUAAUCCAGGGCCAGGUACUUAUAACUUAUCCAAAACUAAAAAACGAGAAAUUCCUUUUUGUCAUAAAUUCGGAGGUCCGGCGAUACUAAAACCUGCUGUACCAAUUGAAUGUGUACCUUUGAAUUUACAUGUUUGUGAAAUGUGUCAUUUAACACCACUAGUUGAUUUUUGGCAGAAAAGUUUUACAACUUGUAUGUGUAUUCAAUGUUAUAGUGAAGAAUUUGAGGAGCAUAGCAAAUAUUCGUCAAAACAACUUCGAGAAUUUAAAUUAAUGCGAGAUUGUUCAUUUAUGCACGACCAUCAAGGUACCAACACAUAUAAAACAACUCUGCCAGCAAAGUAUUUAAAAAAGAAAAUUUUAAUUGAAACAUACUUAAGCCAGUACUUCGAUGAAUUCAUUCCCCAGCCCAUUCAUGAUAUACCUGUUAAAUUAAUAAAUAUUUCGAAACCUGAUACAAUUAAUUUCAAAGAUACAACUCAAUUCUAUUCACAAUUUAAGCAAUAUUUAAUGAGUAUAUCUAAACGUAAAGCAAAUAAGCGAAGAUUAUUGAUUAAUGCAGGAAACGAUUUGAUGGAUGAUUAA